AUGUUGGAGUUGAUCAAGGAGAUGAAAGAAGAUAACCGUACUAGAAACGAGGAAUUAGUGUUGAUACAUCGGCAGGCGACUGAUAAAACCGAUGAACUAUUGAGACUACAUCGCCAGGCUAACGAGGAAGGCAGAGCCCAUCCGGAAGGCCGAAGUAACUCCCCUAGAGAUCGCAUCAGGCGGAAAGGGAUCAGCGCAUCCGAAGACGGAACCAAUAUAAGAUCAUUCCUGGGCGUGGUGGAACAGGAAUUCAGGGAAUCGGAGGUAUCGAUGGAAGAAUGGGGAGGUCUAUUAGGAAAAUACCUGUCCGGCAAGGCCAUGACGUUCUUGGAAUUCCUGAAACAGUGGGGAGUAGAUAUGACGGAUUGGAAACAGGUACGAGACAGGCUGUGCGAGAGGUUCUGGUCGCCGUCGCGUGAGAAGAUGAUACAUUUACUAGCCGAGAAUCAUUGGACGGGGGAUUACAAUGAGUACAUCAAUCGUUUCACGGAAGUGGUGGCACAGGGUGAACGAGUACCCGCAGAGGAACUAGUGACGUGGUUCUUCACACUUCUACCACCAGAUAUAGGUGAGAGAAUCACUUGCGAGGGAACUGGGGAGUUUCACGAUUGGCAAGAGGCAGCGACGGCCUUGCGCAGCUGGGCUAUACCGCUAGAGGCGUGGCGCGCUAGGAGGAUACGAACGGACUCCGACCGGUCGACAAGACGGGUGGAACACGACAACGACGCGGGCAGAUGUAGUUGCGGGAGGCAAACGAUUAAACGACCAGGCCUAGGCGUGAAGGGAGACGCACGCACUAGGCCGAAGCGACAGACAGGUGGCCAGAGGGACCAGGACGAGACUGGACCUGAUGGCACCGCAGUCUCCCCCAACUGGAGACAGGACGAGACAGGGCGUGGAGCAGCGUCGAGGUUAGAAGGCGAGAGCAGCGAGAAGGAACGAGAUCGAAGCCGAGCGCACCCUCGGAUACGAGUGAGACUGACGGACGUGAAGACCGAAUUACACACACAAAGACACGUGCUGGUAGUUAGAGAUAGCGUAAAAACGGGUAACGGACGCGAUGUGGACGGAAGCGGAAUGGCGAAAACAAGCGGAACAGAUUCGGACAAUCGCGAAGAAAGAGGCGAGAAGACCGCGUGUGGCGAAACCAAUCACGGUAACGGAACAGAACCCACAGAGGAGCUAGAAACAAAGGAGGCGACGAAAAUACGGAAGGAGACCAGGUGA